GGGCUGCUCUGCAAUGUCAAGGGAGGGGGCUCACCUCGGGAUCGGCCAGGCCAAGGGGCAGGACUGAGGCGCCUUCGAAAGCCGCCCUGCCCGCCCCCGCUGGGUGCCCGCCUCCCACCCCCAGCCCCGGCAGACCCGACCCUGUGGCUCCCGAUGCCCAGGGGCUCCGGAGUGGGCCCUGCGGAGGCAGGGGAGCUGACGGGCCCUGAGAUCGGGUGGAUGUUACAGGCGUGCAAGAUGGAAGGGUUCCCCCUCGUCUCCCCUCCAUCAGAAGACAUGGUGCCCUAUGAUACGGAUCUGUACCGCCAAACUCACGAGUAUUAUCCAUAUAUCAGCAGUGAUGGAGAGAGCCACAGCGACCAUUACUGGGACUUCCACCCCCACCACAUGCACAAUGAGUUUGAGAGCUUCGCUGAGAACCACUUCACAGAGCUGCAGAGCGUCCAGCCCCAGCUCCAGCAGCUCUACCGCCACAUGGAGCUGGAACAGAUGCACGUCCUGGACACCCCCGUGGCCACCCCCCACAGCACCCUUGGCCACCAGGUCUCGUACCUGCCCUGCAUGUGCCUUCAGUACACCUCCCCUCCCCAGCCCAGCUCCGACGAGGAAGAAGGCGAGCGGCAGAGCCCCCCCCUGGAAGUGUCUGAUGGGGAGACUGAGGCGCUGGAGCCCGGCCCGGGAAUCCUGCACGGAGAGACAGGAAGCAAAAAGAAGAUCCGCCUGUACCAGUUCCUCCUGGAUCUCCUCCGCAACGGGGACAUGAAGGACAGCAUCUGGUGGGUAGACAAGGACAAAGGCACUUUCCAGUUCUCCUCCAAGCACAAGGAGGCCCUGGCCCAUCGCUGGGGCAUCCAGAAGGGGAACCGCAAAAAGAUGACCUACCAGAAGAUGGCCCGCGCCCUUCGGAACUACGGCAAGACGGGCGAGGUCAAGAAGGUGAAGAAGAAGCUGACCUACCAGUUCAGCGGGGAGGUGCUCGGGCGAGUGACCCUGGUCGACCGGAGGCAUCAGCCCCACUGAGCGCCCGCCCCCGCCCGGGCCCUCUCUCACCCCCACGGGACAGGAGGGGAGGGCCCGGCCCGAGGGCACGACGCCAUCCCCAAGGCUGGCACCAGUGCCCGGGGGAAGCCAGGCCCCACGCCUACCUACUGCAUUAGCUCCCCCGCUGCCUGUAGCAUUAACCCCAUGUCUGGACCUUGUGGACACCUAGAAUCAGGGUCUCAGUGGGUGACAGACCUUGGAGGUGUCUGUCUCCCUGCCGUUCCCCCGGCCCCAAUGCCCCCUCUCCCUCUCCCGAGACCCUCCAGCUUGCCUCCCUGGCCCCCAGGACUCCGGCCCUUGCCUCUCACGCGGGGCCUCCCCUCCAGCCGCCCUCGGACUGCGGGCGGGCUGCCGCUCUCUCAGGGGGCGUCUGUAAACCUUAAGAAUGGAGAACGUUUCCUCCCCAGAGUCCUCGCCGGGAGCCCCGCCCCUCGGCCCGCACUGGGGCGGAGAAGCCCGGCAGGCUCCGCCAUGGUCAGAACCCGGCCUCCCUGCGGGCCGAGGAUGGACUCUCGGGUGGACCCCCUUGACAUAAACAGUGUCUCAUUUAUCUACCUUCGUUAGAGAUUCGUUUCAGCAGAAAAUAAAAGCUUUGAGGACGAGGAUGAUCAGGA